GAGAGAGAAGGAGCAGGAGAGUAGAAGAGAGGACUUAUAGUCUCCUCCUAUAGGCUACUGUAGAAUGUCUCAAAGCCUCUGAUCACUCCAUGCAGAAUAAACACAUCAUCAUCUCGGAUGUGUGUUGGAUUAAUGUACAAAGAACACAAUGCUAUACUAUUAACAGCUUGAAUAUUACUGGAUAUUGUUUUCCUUUAUUCUGCUCCCUUUCUUUAUUCUGGAACAGAAAGUACAAGUGGGAUACUUCUCCUGGUCUGCCUUCUGCUGGGGAGAGGAGCUUGACUUGGGACUUUUCCGUGGAACUCUAGCUGGAUUUAGUUGCACCCAGACGUAACAAAUAUUUCUUUUUUGGCUAAGUGGAGUUAUUGCGAACUUUUAAGAAGAGCAUCGCGACUAUGUGUCGGGGGAGGCUGGUGAGGCUGGCCGUGGGGCUGGUUGCGUUGUUGUCGCUGUGGACGGAGCCUGGCGAAGCUGAGGUAGCAGGAGGAGAAGCUAGAGGGGCCGGAGAGGAAUUGACAUCUCUACCGUUAUUAACGGUAGACAACGAGCUGGCCAGACAGACUCCCGUCGAACCCAGAGCAAGCCGGGCCAAGCGGAGGGGAGGAGGAACGGACUCCCUUAAAGGACCCAAUGUCUGUGGCUCUCGUUUGAACGCCUAUUGCUGUCCUGGAUGGAAGACUCUGACUGGGGGCAACCAGUGCAUCGUCCCCAUCUGUCGGAGCUCCUGUGGAGACGGUUUCUGCUCCAGACCCAACCUGUGUACAUGUCCCUCUGGAUCCAUAUCUCCUUCCUGUGGUUCUAAGUCAGUCCAAAACUGUAACAUCCGAUGCAUGAAUGGGGGGAGCUGUGCUGAGGACCACUGCCAGUGUCAGAAAGGAUACGUGGGAAACCACUGUGGUCAACCGGUGUGUGAGACUGGUUGCCAGAACGGAGGCCGAUGCGUGGCUCCUAACCGCUGUGUGUGUACCUACGGCUUCACAGGGGCGCAGUGUGAGAGAGACUAUCGUACCGGGCCGUGCUUUUCGUCCGUCAGUAACCAGAUGUGCCAGGGCCAGCUGACGGGCAUCGUGUGCACCAAGACGCUGUGCUGUGCCACCGUGGGACGAGCAUGGGGACACCCCUGUGAGAUGUGCCCCGCCCAACCUCACCCCUGCCGAAGGGGAUUCAUACCCAACCACCGCUCCGGAGCCUGCCAAGAUGUAGAUGAAUGUCAGGCUAUCCCUGGCCUGUGUCAGGGUGGGAACUGUAUCAACACCGUUGGAUCCUUUGAGUGUAAAUGUCCUGCAGGACACAGGUUCAACGAGAUCAGCCAGAAAUGUGAAGAUCUGGAUGAGUGUUCCAACAUCCCCGGACUGUGUGCUGGAGGAGAAUGUUCCAACACGGUGGGCAGCUACUUCUGCAAGUGUCUUCAGGGAUACUACACUCCAGUGGAUGGCUCCAGGUGUAUAGAUGCCCGUGGUGGGUACUGCUAUGCCAGCCUGCUGAAUGGGCGCUGUGCCAACCAGAACUUCCAGCUGCUGACCAAGAUGCAGUGCUGCUGUGACAGCGGACGCUGCUGGUCUGACGGAUCAACCCCUGAGAUGUGCCCCAUUAGAGGGACUGAUGAGUACCAGAAGCUGUGCAGCCAGCUGCAGACUGGGACAGGGGGAGUAGUGCCUUUCCCAGGAGGUCCCCAGGUCCCAGGUAUCUACCCAGGAAUCUACCCGGGUCAGCCAAUCCCUGGUCAGCCAAUCCCUGGACAUCCCCUCCCAGGACAACCAAUCCUUCCUCAGCCACCAACUCCAAAAGGCGAUAUCCAGACCCAGAACAUUAGCUCUAUAACUAACAUGUGUUUGGCGUUCCGCAACCUGUGUCUAAAUGGCCGGUGUGUCCAAACCCCUGGAAGCUACCGCUGUGAAUGUAACAUGGGCUUUAGACUGGACUCCAGAGGAGAGUGUAUUGAUAAAGAUGAGUGUGAGCAGAGACCGUGUGUGAACGGAGAUUGUGUGAACACUGCUGGAUCUUACUUCUGCCAGUGUCCUGCUGGAUUCCAGACCACUGCUACGAGGACAGAGUGCAGAGACCUGGAUGAGUGUGUGGCUAAUGGUCGUAUCUGUAACAAUGGGAGGUGUGUGAACACAGAGGGGAGCUUCCAUUGUGUCUGCAAUGCUGGCUUUGAGCUCUCCACUGAUGGGAAGAACUGCCAAGACAUGGACGAGUGUGGGAUUAGGAACAUGUGUUUGAAUGGGAUGUGCAUCAAUGAGGAGGGAAGCUUUAAAUGCAUCUGUAAGCCUGGCUUCGUCCUAGACCUGACUGGACGCUUCUGUGUAGACAUUGAUGAGUGUGAGAUUCCCGGGAUGUGCAUGAAUGGUCACUGUGUGAACACAGAGGGGUCAUUCAGAUGUGAGUGUAUGCCAGGCUUGGCCGUGGGUCUGGACGGACGUGUCUGUGUCGACACACAUAUGCGCAGCACUUGUUACGGCGGCUACAGGAGGGGACAGUGUGUAAAGCCGUUCUUCGGAGCCGUGACCAAGUCCGAGUGUUGCUGUGCCAGUGUGGAGUAUGCUUUUGGCGAGCCCUGCCAGCCCUGUCCGCCUCAGAGCUCAGCCGAGUUCCUCGCUCUGUGUAGUAAUGGCAUCGGCACCACCAGCGAUGGCAGAGACAUCAAUGAGUGUGCUCUGGACCCUGACAUCUGUCAGAAUGGGGUUUGUGAGAACAUGCUGAGGACCUAUAAGUGUAACUGCAACAUGGGCUUUGAAGUGGACACCACUGGAAAGAACUGUGUUGACAUCGAUGAGUGUGCUGUCAACAGGCUGUUGUGUGAUAACGGCCUGUGUAGAAACACUCCAGGUAGUUUUACCUGCCACUGUCCCACUGGCUUCCUGUUCCACACAGAGACUGAUGUCUGCGAAGACGUUGACGAGUGUGAAUCCAGUCCGUGUGUGAACGGGGAGUGUAAGAACAGCCCGGGGUCCUACAUUUGUCUCUGCUCAGCAGGCAGUACUCUGGACGCCUCUGGAACACAGUGUAUAGAGACCAGUAAAGGAACGUGUUGGCUGAAGCUGAUUAAUGGACGCUGUGAGAUUAACAUCAAUGGGGCCACGCUGAAGUCACACUGCUGCUCCACCCUGGGAGAGGCUUGGGGAAGCCCCUGUGCCAAGUGUGAACCUGAUCCGAUCUGCACUAAGGGUUAUGCCAGGGUCAAAGGAACCAUCUGUGAAGAUGUGAAUGAGUGUCUGGUUUUCCCGGGAGUGUGUAUCAACGGGAAAUGUGUGAACACCGUGGGCUCCUUCAUCUGCCAGUGUCCCUCUGGGAUGACUGUCGAUGCCACUGGACGGACUUGCAUAGACCUGCGCACAGAGCAGUGUUACCUGAGCCACGAGGACGAGCGCUGCGGAGCCCCUAUCCCAGGGCGUCACCGCGUGGACGCGUGCUGCUGCUCAGUGGGCGUGGCCUGGGGCCCGGAAUGUGAGGAGUGUCCAGAGAAGGGCUCUCAGGUGUACACCCAGCUCUGUCCCAGGGGGCCCGGCUUCGCUAACAGGGGAGACUUCAUCAACGGGCGGCCCUUCCUCAAAGAUAUAAACGAGUGUAAGAUGAUCCACAGCUUGUGCUCCAACGGGAGGUGCAGGAACACCAUCGGUAGUUUCCGGUGUCGCUGUGACAAGGGCUUCUCUUUGGACUCUGAUGAAAGGAACUGUACAGACAUUGACGAGUGCCACAUCUCUCCAGACCUGUGUGGUCACGGGACGUGUGUGAACACAGCUGGAGAGUUUGAGUGUGAGUGUUUCCAGGGUUACGAGAGCGGAUUCAUGAUGAUGAAGGUCUGCAUGGACAUUGAUGAGUGUGAGCGGAACCCUCUACUGUGUCGUGGUGGGGAGUGUGUAAACACCGAGGGGAGCUUCCAGUGCCUGUGUCCCGACGGACACGAGAUCGCCCCGGAUGGAUCGGCCUGCCUCGAUAUUAACGAGUGUGAACUGAGUGAGAAGCUGUGUCGGAACGGUCAGUGUGUGAAUUUGAUUGGACGCUACCAAUGUUCCUGUAACACUGGAUACAAACCCACAGAGAACCACCUGGCCUGUGUUGAUAUUGAUGAGUGCACGAUCCAGAAUGGAGGUUGUGAGACGUUCUGUACCAACUCUGAGGGGAGCUACGAGUGCAGCUGUCGCUCUGGUUACGCCCUCAUGCCGGACCUCAGAAGCUGCACUGACAUCGACGAGUGUGAUGAAAGUCCAGACAUCUGCGACGGAGGACAGUGCACUAACAUCCCUGGGGAGUACCAGUGUAUCUGCUUUGAUGGUUUCAUGUCCUCUGAAGAUAUGAAGACCUGUCUGGAUGUGGACGAGUGUGUGCUGAACCCUAACAUCUGUCUCAGUGGGGUCUGUGAGAACACCAAAGGAUCCUUCAUCUGCCACUGUGAACUGGGCUACUCCGUACGCAAGGGGACAACUGGCUGCACAGAUAUUAAUGAGUGUGAGAUUGGGGCCCACAACUGUGACAGACAUGCCACCUGUACCAACACGGCAGGAAGCUUCAAGUGCAGCUGUGGUCCAGGAUGGAUCGGAGAUGGCAUUAAAUGCACAGACCUGGAUGAGUGUUCUAAUGGGACCCACGCGUGCAGCAACAAUGCCAACUGUCUGAACACCAUGGGCUCCUAUCGCUGCCACUGCAAAGAGGGAUUCUCUGGGGACGGCUUCUACUGCUCAGACAGUGAUGAGUGUGCAGACAACGUGAACCUGUGUGAGAGUGGCCACUGCCUGAAUGUUCCUGGAGGCUACCGCUGUGAGUGUGACAUGGGCUUCAUCCCAACCCCAGAUGGAAAGGCCUGCGAUGACAUAGAUGAGUGUACCUUUGCUGAUAUCUGUGUGAAUGGAAGGUGUCAGAACAUUCCGGGGCUGUUCAGGUGUGAGUGUAACAUCGGCUACGAGCUAGACAGGAGUGGAGGAAACUGUACAGACAUUAAUGAGUGCGCGGACCCAACCACCUGUAUCAGCGGCCUGUGUGUCAACACCCCCGGCAGCUACGUCUGUAAUUGUCCUCCGGAUUUCGAACUCAAUCCAACGCGGGUGGGAUGCGUAGACACUCGAUCCGGUAACUGCUAUUUGGACGUGCGGAUGCGCGGGGAUGCGUCGGAGAAUCUGGUCUGUUCCAACGAGAUUGGAGUGGGCGUGUCCAAAGCGUCGUGCUGCUGUUCCCUAGGGCAGGCCUGGGGCACGCCCUGCGAAGCCUGCCCCCCUCUCAACUCUUCUGAGUACAAGACAUUGUGUCCUGGAGGAGAAGGAUUUAGACCCAACCCCAUCACCGUCAUACUGGAAGAUAUCAACGAGUGUCAAGAGCUUCCAGGCCUGUGUCAGGGAGGAAACUGCAUCAACACCUUUGGUAGCUUCCAGUGUGAAUGUCCCAAAGGCUUCCAACUCAAUGAGGAGAACAGAGUCUGUGAAGAUGUGAAUGAGUGUGAGAGGCCAGGUGUCUGUGGACCAGGACAGUGUUACAACACUGUAGGAAACUACACCUGCAUCUGCCCUGUUGACUACAUGCAGGUCAAUGGAGGGAACAAUUGUAUGGACAUGAGGAAGAGUUUCUGCCACAGGAACUUCUACUCUGACAAUGGGACCUGUGACGGAGAGUUGACUUUCAACAUGACCAAGAAGAUGUGCUGCUGCUCCUACAACAUCGGCCGUGCCUGGAACAAGCCCUGUGAACAGUGUCCUAUACCCAGCACCAAUGAGUUUUCCAUUCUGUGUGGAAGUGAAAGGCCAGGGUACUACAUAGACAUCUACACGGGCCAGGUCAUCGAUAUCGACGAGUGCAGGGAAAUCCCGGGCGUGUGCGAGAAUGGGGUGUGUAUCAACAUGAUUGGCAGCUUCAGGUGUGAAUGUCCCAUGGGCUUCCUCUACAAUGACAAGCUUCUGAUCUGUGAAGAUAUUGAUGAGUGUCAGAAUGGUCCCGUCUGCCAGACAAAUGCUGCCUGUCUAAACAUGCCUGGCAGCUACCGCUGUGAAUGUAAAGCUGGAUACCGCUUCACCCCCACAGGACAGUGUCUGGAUCGCAAUGAGUGUAUUGAGAGCCCAGGAGUGUGUAGUCCCGGCCAGUGCAUUGAUACACUGGGAAGCUAUCGCUGUAUCUGUCCCAACGGUUUCAAGCCUACAUCAGACAUGGCCAUGUGUAUUGAUAUGGAUGAGUGUGAGAGGCAACCGUGUGGGAAUGGCACCUGUAAGAACACGGUGGGAUCUUACAACUGCCUGUGUUACCCUGGUUUCCAGCGCUCACACAACAACGACUGCAUCGACACUGACGAGUGCUCGAGUGUGAGAGGGCUUUGUAGGCACGGGGACUGUAUUAAUACUGUCGGCUCAUUUGUGUGUCUGUGUCGCAACGGCUUUGAACUCACCGCGGACGGAAGGACUUGUGUUGAUAUCAAUGAGUGUGCCCUGAACCCUGGGACUUGUGGUCCAGGCACCUGCCAGAAUAUGGAGAGCACCUACAGGUGUAUCUGCCCGCUUGGCUACUACAUAGUUGAGGGGACCUGUAAAGAUAUUAAUGAGUGUACUCAGACCCCAGACAUUUGUGUUCUUGGGACCUGCUCCAAUACGGAUGGCAGCUUCAAAUGUUCAUGUCCCGACGGCUUCCAGCUCUCAUCCUCUGGACGCAGAUGUUUGGAUGUUCGUGUGAGCUACUGCUAUACUAAGUUUGAGAGCGGUCGCUGCCUGGCCCCUAAGCCAUGGAACACCACUAAAGGGGACUGUUGCUGUAGUGCGAUGCCUGGACAGGGCUGGGGAGACCCCUGUGAGAUCUGCCCAUCCAGGACCGCGGAGGCGUUUGCAACACUCUGCCCCGCGGUUGGACAGGUGGUCGGCCCUGACGACCAGCCAAUAGAUAUUGAUGAGUGCACUGCCAACCCCAACAUAUGCCACAACGGUCAGUGCAUCAACACGGACGGCUCCUUCCGAUGUGAGUGCCCCUUUGGCUUCGAACUGGACAACUCAGGGAUCAACUGUAGAGAUACUAAUGAGUGUGACCUGGGGAACCCGUGUGGAAAUGGAACGUGCACCAACGUGAUCGGAGCGUUUGAGUGUGCAUGUGACGAAGGCUUUGAACCUGGACCCAUGAUGACUUGUGAAGAUGUCAACGAGUGUUCCCAGAAUCCUUUGCUGUGUGCAUUCCGCUGUGUGAAUGUGAUUGGGUCCUAUGAGUGUAAAUGUCCGACGGGUUAUGUGCUGCGGGAGGACAAGAGGAUGUGUAAAGACCAGAAUGAGUGUGAGGACGGCGUGGAUGACUGUGAGAGCAGAGGGAUGCGCUGUAAGAACCUGAUCGGAACCUACAUGUGCAUCUGUAACCCUGGUUACACACGGGCCCCUAAUGGAGAGGGCUGCAUAGAUCUGAACGAGUGUUCUGCUAAGCCAGGAAUCUGUGUGAAUGGUCGUUGUGAGAAUACAGUGGGAAGCUAUCGCUGCAGGUGUGACCAAGGCUUCAGUGCCAGCCCAACACAAACAGAAUGUAUAGAUAACCGUCAAGGCCUGUGCUUCGCAGAGGUGCUGACUACAUUGUGUCAGAUGCAGUCCAGUAGCAGGAACAGUGUGACUAAGUCUGAGUGCUGCUGUGACGGAGGGCGAGGCUGGGGCUCAAACUGUGAACUCUGUCCUCUCCCGGGGACCACACACUACAAGAAGAUGUGUCCCCAUGGUCCUGGAUUCACGACGGACGGCAAAGAUAUAAAUGAGUGUCGUGUGAUGGGGAACCUGUGUGUAAAUGGAGAAUGUGUCAACAGCCUGGGCUCCUACAGCUGUUUGUGUAGAACUGGAUACACCACUGACAUCACUGGAACAUCGUGCGUUGAUGUGGAUGAGUGUGUGCAGUCUCCUAAGCCGUGCAACUUCCUCUGUAAGAACACAGAGGGGUCCUACCUGUGCUCCUGUCCCCGAGGAUACGUACUGCAGGAGGACGGCAAAAGCUGCCGAGAUCUGGAUGAGUGUCAGACCAAACAGCAUAACUGUCAGUUCCUGUGUGUAAACACCAUCGGAGGAUUCACCUGCAAAUGUCCUCCAGGCUUCACACAGCACCACACUGCCUGCAUAGAUAAUAAUGAGUGUGCCUCGGACCCUGCCCUCUGUGGCACUAACGGAGUGUGUCAGAACAGCCCAGGCAGCUUCAACUGCGAGUGCACCAGAGGGUUCUCAUUGGACUCCAAUGGACAGAGCUGUGAAGAUAUGGAUGAGUGUGACGGUAACCAUCGCUGUCAACAUGGCUGUCAGAACCUGGUGGGAGGAUACAGAUGUAGCUGUCCCCAGGGAUACCUACAACACUACCAGUGGAACCAGUGUGUUGACGAGAAUGAGUGCCAGAACACCCAGAUCUGCGGGGGUGCGUCAUGUCACAACACCCUGGGCAGCUUCCGCUGUCUCUGUCCCACUGGCUUCAACUACAGAGACCAGGGGGGCUGUAGUGACAUCAACGAGUGCUCCUCGUCCUCCAACCCCUGCAACUACGGCUGUUCAAACACUGACGGGGGUUACCUGUGUGGCUGUCCGCCCGGGUACUACCGCGCCGGGCAGGGCCACUGUGUGUCCGGCGUGGGCUUCGGCAGCGGAGUGAGUCUGGGCCAGGGAGGAGCUGGAGGAGGAGCCGGAGGCGGCGCAGGCGGAGGAGCCGAGGGGGGUGAGAACGACCUGUCUCCCGAGGCCUGCUACGAGUGUAAGGUCAAUGGUUACCCCAAGAAAGGACGCAAGCGCCGCAGCGCCAACUCAACGCUGGAGCAACCUCUGGAUGACGCACAGCAGGAGACAGUGAGUCUGGAGAGCCUGGACAUUGAGGACACCCUGCUGUUAAACCUGAACAUGUCUGACCUGUCCAGCCGUGACCACAUCCUGGCUUUCACCCCAGCCCUGUCCACGCUCAACAACCACGUCCGCUACUCCAUCGACUAUGGAAACGAGCUGGGCUACUUCAAGAUCAGCCAGAAGGAGGGGCUUAGCUACCUGCACCUGUCCAAGAGGAAGUCCCUCCCCCCUGGGGCCUACUUCUUGCAGAUCAGCAGUGUGUCUGUGUACAAGAAGAAGGAGCUGGCUGCGCUAGAGGACAGCAAUGACAAAGACUACCUCACAGGCCAGCUCGGAGACACGCUCACCAUGAGGGUGCAGAUUGUCCUGCAUUAACAUAUUGAACUGACUGGGAAGGCUGGGCGGGGGGGAGAGGCUGCCUGUAAACACUGGUCCAGGAUCAGAUUAACCUGUUAGGAUGGGGAGAAGAGAUCUGACUCUGGUUCAGUUGUUAGGGGCUACUUCUACCUUACUCUGACAGAGAGAUAGAGAGCAAGUUUGGCACAAGCUCUACACCAAAGAGACUAAUUAAUGGG